AUGUACCACACUCCGUGCAUGGCUCUAUGCACGAUGGCACAUGCACCCUCCCCCGUCCCACCCACCUCCCCUCUCCCUUUUCCAGGUUCAACCAUCGCACAGCUAGCGAUGCACUUCACAAUCGAUGAUGAGGAGAGUGAGGGAGAGGAGAGCGAUGCAGAGGAGGGUGAUGAAAGCGGUGAGGGGGAGGGCGGCGAGAUUAGGAGCAACAAGGGGAAGGAUGGAGAGGAGGAGACGAACGGGGUGGGAGGGAGGGGGAAAGAGACAAAGAGAGGGGAGGGAUUGCCUGAGACGGAAGGUGAAAGGGAGAGGGCAAGUGAACAGCUAGAGAUGAUAGUGGUGCGGGAGGAGGGGCCCGGGGACGAGGUAUUCAACACCUACGGCCAGCUCAGCACCGCAGCUCUUCUGCUCCGGUACGGCUUCACCGAGCCUCUCAGCUUCGGCGGCGCCGAACCUAAGGGUGGGGCGGUGGAGCUGCCAGUCAGGCUCGGCAAGGUGGAGAAGGGUGAAUGUGUAGAAGAGGAGCAGUUGGAGUGUAUAUGCAAUCUACAGUACAACCCGUUUGAUUUGGUUAAUGUGGACCUGAAUGUGAUUAUAAAGGGGCUCAAGUCACAAGGGGAGAGAUACUUUGAAAUAUCCGCUGACGGGCGGCCGCAGCUGGAGCUGCUGCUGCUGCUGCGAUUGGCAGGGCUGGAUGACGUGGAAGCUGCCAGGGUGGACGCCAGGGUGGCAGAGAGGGAGGCUGACGCGGAUUGGACGGGGAUGGGGACUGCUGAGCUGGCAGGGAUGGUGGAGGAGUUGGUGGAGGGGAUGGGGGAGAGGGAGGGGAUAGAUGGGCGGGCAGAGAGUGUGGGAGGGAAAGAGGAGGAGGGGCAGGAUGGUAGUGGAAAAAUUAUUCAGGGGAGAAAGAGGAGGAGGGAGGGAGAGGAGAGGAGGCGUGAUGGUGAGGUGUCAGUGAGAGGCGAUGAAGGGGAGGGUGAGUUGGGUUUGGAUGAGGCAAGUGAGGGGAGGAAGAGGAGAAGAGGGGGGAGGGAGAGAAGGGAGAGAGGCGGUGUGAGGCAUGGUUCAAGACUGGUGUAUAAGGAGGAGCAAGAGAUGGUGGGAGUGGCGAGGGAGGAAGAGAAUGGGAAUGAGGAUGAGGAGGGUGGAGCGGAGAGAGGAGAGGAGGGUGGAGGGGAGGGAGAAGGGGAUCGGGAGGAGGGUGAGGAGGAGGGUGAGGAGGAGGAUGAGGAGGAGGGUGAGGAGGAGGGUGAGGAGGAGGAUGAGGAGGAGGGUGAGGAGGAGGGUGAGGAGGAGGGUGAGGAGGAGGGUGAGGAGGAAGGAGAGGAGGGGAGCAAUGAGGAGGAGGUGGCAGCGACCCGCCAGCUGCUUGAGCUACCGACUGUGCGAGCCCUACUUGGCAAAGUGCUGCGCGCGCGUGAGAGCAUGUACAUGGACUUGAACAGGGCUGGCACAUAUGGAGGGGCCCGUGAUGUGGUGGCGGGUAGCAGAGCGGUUAAGGGCGCGUGGACAGUGGUGGAUGAAUUGAGGGCUGCACGGAGCGGUGUGGCUGGGUGA